GGUCGGUCGUUGGGGUUUGGUGGGCGUGUCCCUUUCUUUUUAUUCAGACAAAAUCAAGAAAAUUACCAGAGUUGGUGAAACAAACAUUUGCAAAAAAGAAACAACAAAUCAAGGUUGAGACUUGAAGAGAGAUUGAAAUUUUGAUGGAGAAAGUGAAUCAAACCUUCUUCUUAUCUCAUGGAUCUCCAACUUUAAGCAUAGACGAUACCUUAGAGGCGAGACAAUUCUUCAAAUCAUGGAGUCAAAAGGUUCUUCCUCAAAAACCCAAAUCGAUCUUAGUCAUCUCUGCUCAUUGGGACACCAAGUACCCAUCCGUCAACACUGUUCUUCGCAAUUCAACGAUCCACGAUUUCUAUGGCUUCCCUGAUCCCAUGUACAAGCUGAAAUAUGAAGCACCAGGAGCAAUUGAAUUGGGGAAGAGGGUUAAAGAGUUGUUAAUGGGAGAAGGAGGAAUGAAACGUGUUGAUGAAGAUACAAAGAGAGGACUUGAUCAUGGAGCUUGGGUUCCUCUUAUGUUGAUGUAUCCAGAAGCUGAUAUACCUGUUUGUGAACUCUCUGUUCAAUCAAAACAAAAUGGGAGUUAUCAUUAUAACAUGGGUAAAGCAUUAGCUCCAUUGAAAGAUGAAGGUGUUCUUAUCAUUGGCUCUGGAAGUGCUACUCAUAACUUGAGGAAGCUUGACAGAAGUAUCACUAAUGGCGUCUCGGUUCCUUGGGCUCUGGAGUUUGAUCAUUGGCUUAGAGAUUCUCUCCUUCAAGGAAGGUAUGGAGAUGUGAAUGAGUGGGAAGUGAAAGCUCCGAAUGCGAAAAUGGCGCAUCCAUGGCCCGAGCAUUUGUACCCGUUACACGUUGCGAUGGGUGCAGCAGGUGAAGGUGCAAAGGCAGAGCAAAUCCACACAAGUUGGCAACUCGGUACCUUGUCUUAUUCUUCUUAUAGUUUCACUUCUCCUCUUUGAAACAUUUCAGUCUUUAUCAUCUUGACUUGUUCUGUCUCUUCUUCUUCGAUUAAGCCUUUGUGUGUUCAUUUGUCUUUAAUGAUCCAAAUCAUGAUUCAUGUCUUCUAUACAAAUACAAAUCCUCACUGUAAUGUAUGAACAUCCCUUCACUUGUGAAUUUGAAUAAAUUGUGUUAUGUAUUAGCUUUGUGGUGUUUCAUCA